UGGGAUGGUCAGGUUCCAAAAUCAGAGGAGGUGGGCUGGACUGAAUUUAGACAGUUCUUCAAUGCUUUUGCUGUAGGUGAACCUGGCGAUCCGGGCGACGAAGGGUUACCAGGGAUACCGCCAGAGGCUGGUGAACCGGGAGACGAGGGUCUGCAGGGUGAACCCGGCGAUGAGGGUGAACCUGGAGCGCCCGGAGUGGAUGGGGAGCAGGGGCCCAAGGGGGAGGACGGGAAGCCCGGUGUGAACGGAGCACAAGGCCUCCCCGGUGCAGACGGCCUUCCAGGUCUAGAUGGAGAAGAAGGCGACUUUGGGGAGCCUGGUGAGCGCGGUGAGGAAGGAGCGAAGGGUCCUGAAGGACCACAGGGACCCACUGGUCCUCAGGGUCCCAAAGGAAUUGCUGGAUUCGCAACAGACGGUGAACCUGGUGAUGAGGGUGAAAUGGGUGAGCAGGGUGAGAUCGGAGAAACCGGUGGAGAGGGACCCCAGGGUCAGGCAGGACCGCCUGGUGACGUUGGAGAAAAGGGACAGGCGGGAGUUGAGGAGGGUCCUCGUGGACCGCCUGGAGACCAGGGCGAAGAAGGCGACGAAGGCGAGGAGGGUCCCAAGGGUGAACAGGGUCCUCAGGGUGAGCAAGGACCCCCUGGCCCUGUUGGUCCACCUGGUCCAACCAAUUACACAACUGUGCUCUUCGCUCGGCAUUUCCAAGCCGAGGAAGGACCUUUCGAGUGUCCCGCGGGAACGCGGUUUGUGUACGAUGGGUACAGUUACCUCAUGGGAGGGGGUGUCGACUACCUCCAUAGCAUGGACCUCGGAACCGCCAGUUCAUGCCUGCGGCGUUUCAACAGCCACCCAAUGGCAGUGUGUGAGAGCGGACGUGCCUGCCACAUCAAUAUGCGUCACGAACGAUCCUAUUGGUUGGCGACGCUGAAGCCCAGGUCAGAGGAGCCCUUGGCGAUUGAGGAGGUGGAUGGACGCAUUGCUCGGUGCGUAGUUUGUGAAGCUCCCACCAACGUCUUCGCUUUUCACAGUCAACUUGGAAGUCUAACUCCCUGCCCGACCACGUGGACGGAGUUGUGGACUGGUGUUAGUCUUCUGCUGCACACGUCGGGGUCGUUUGGUGGAGGCCAGCCAUUAUCCUCACCUGGGAGUUGCCUCGAACACUUCCGUCAUUCCCCUGUAAUCGAGUGCAACAACAACGCAGGUACUUGUCACUACUGGAGUGACGCGAAGGUCUACUACCUCCGCUCCAUACCCGAAUCGACCGACGAACAGUUUUCGAAGCCCCUCGGUUUGACCUUGAAGGCUGGCGAAGGUCCAACUGUUGACAGUGGUCCCCCGGGUCCUCGCGGACCUCCGGGUGUCACCGGUCCCAAGGGCUAUCCCGGAGAAAUCGGUCCUAUUGGUCCGAAGGGACAGCGUGGGCCGCCUGGAGUGGACGGCAUUCCCGGACAGCCGGGUGAGCGGGGUCCGCCAGGCGACUUUGGACCACCUGGACGUCACGGUGAACACGGCGAUGAUGGUGAAACUGGUGAUCAAGGUGAAGCAGGCAUACCGGGAUGUGAUGGACCGCCGGGUGAUCCCGGCCCACCAGGCCUUCCUGGCCGACCUGGUGUUGAUGGACCCCCUGGUUUCCCCGGCGACCCUGGUGACAGAGGCGACCCUGGCGAUUUUGGCAGUGGACCUGUUGGACCUCCUGGUGAAAAAGGUGACCGCGGUGAAACUGGCGUUCCGGGUGAGAAAGGCCGUCCUGGACAGCCUGGACCAAUCGGAUCGAUGGGACCCGCUGGUGACCGGGGCCCCGUAGGACCAGUCGGUAUUCCUGGUCCUCCUGGUGAUCCUGGUGACCCAAUAGUCGAUAACGUGCCAAUCAAAGGUGAGCGUGGACCCCCUGGCGAUCCUGGUGAUCCUGGUACCGAUUGUGAGACCUCCACGCUUCUGCCACCACCAAUGGACACUCAAGGUCCUGCAGGUGAUCGGGGCGAUCCUGGUCCUAAGGGCUACCCCGGCAUGAAGGGUGAUCCAGGUGACAGGGGCAUUCCCGGUCCAAUGGGUGAACCUGGUCCCAAAGGCCAGCCCGGCCUUCCAGGCCCUCCUGGUCCCAAAGGUGACAAGGGCAGACAAGGCGCUACUGGUGUAAAGGGGUCACGUGGUCGUGACGGUCUGAUCGGCCCUCGCGGUCCCCCAGGUCCGAAGGGUCUGCCUGGUGAACCGGGUGAAGAUGGACUUCGUGGACCACCGGGUGAACCAGGUCCGCCUGGGGGUGACAGUAUCUGCACGGGAAUUCUGCCCGGCCGUCCCGGAGAGAGAGGUCCUCCUGGCGAACAGGGACCCCGCGGUCCCACUGGACGUGAGGGUCCACGCGGUGACCCCGGCCCGAAGGGCUUCAGGGGCCCGGCUGGUCUUGUUGGUGACACCGGCCCAGACUGUCCGAUUGGUCCGUCCGGAGUUCGUGGACCCAAGGGCGAUCCUGGUACGUUCCUCUGUUCUGCUCGCAGCCCAAGUCCACCUGGCAACGAUGGUCCCAAGGGUUACCAAGGCCCCCCUGGUGAAGAGGGGCUUCAGGGCGAUCCUGGUGAACCAGGAAGAGGGAUUCGUGGUCCUCCUGGUGAUCCUGGUUAUCCUGGACCUGAUGGUGCGAAAGGUCCUCGUGGCCCGAAGGGUGUCAGAGGUCCACGUGGCCCACCGGGGAACAAGGGAACCGGACGUCCUGGACCCCCUGGUGACAAGGGUGAAAAGGGUCUUCCUGGACUUGAUGGAAAGCCUGGUAAACCAGGUCCCAAAGGCGAACAGGGUCCACCGGGUGAACCCUGCAACGUCUGCAAGCCCGGACAACCUGGUUCGAGGGGCGAGAAAGGCGAGCCGGGUUACCCUGGACCUCCCGGACAGCGCGGACGUGAUGGACCUCCAGGCGAACGCGGUGAACCUGGUUCCGUGGGCAAUCAAGGUCCUCAAGGGCCCCGUGGACUUGAGGGUGACCCUGGCGAACGCGGUCUGAUGGGACCGAAGGGUAUUAAGGGUGUCUCUGGUGACACCCGGAUCGAGUACGUGGACACCAUCAAGGGUCAGAAGGGCUUCCCAGGUGCGCCCGGUCCCGACGGUGAGAAGGGCUUCCAAGGACCUCCUGGGGAACGUGGACCUGUGGGUGAACCUGGACCUGUUGGUGAACCGGUAAGUUACACCAAUCAGAAUCUGGAUUGCGGCGAACAGGGCGAGGCCGGUCCCACUGGCCGCCCAGGUCCGAAGGGCAGACCUGGCGAAAAAGGCGUCAAGGGACGUCCAGCUGCUAUGACGUAUGGCAUCAAGGGCGAGAAGGGCUUGCCUGGGUUGCCUGGUCGUGUUGGACCCCCCGGUGACACUGGCGAACCCGGGAACUGCACGGUUGUCGUCCAGAGAGGCGAAAACAUGACAACGGAACGUGGAGACAUGGGGCCGAAAGGCGAGAGGGGUGAACGCGGGGUGCCCGGUGAGCCUGGCAAACAGGGUGUUCAGGGCCCCCCUGGAGACGACGGUAAACGUGGAAACAAGGGACCCCCCGGCUCACCUGGUCCAAUUGGUCGAAAGGGACAGGUUGGACCUCCUGGCGAUGUGGGCGAACAAGGCGAGACUGGACCGGAGGGCAGACGCGGACUGCCAGGUCAAAAGGGCUUCAAGGGACCACCUGGCAGACCGGGAAUCGGAAUCAAGGGUGCUGAAGGACCUCCGGGCUUCGACGGACCCAAAGGCGAUCCCGGCGAGCCCGGUCCAAUGGGCCAGCCAGGUCGUCCUGGUGAACCUGGCGAAAUUGGUGAACAAGGUCUUCCCGGAGUUGUUGGACCUGUGGGUCCCAAGGGCGAGCGAGGUGACCCAGGUCCGAGUGGAGGUGAAGGAAUCCCAGGACCACGUGGCGAUCCCGGUGACCCUGGUCCAAUGGGUGUUCCUGGUGAACCUGGUGAGGCGGGCGACGUAGGCACGUGCAUCGGAACUCCGCAGAAGGGUGACAGAGGCGAAAAGGGUGACCAAGGCCCUCCUGGACAGACUGGUCUAGCUGGACCGCCUGGCGAGCCUGGUGAACGCGGACCGCCUGGACCGGACGGGUUGCCGGGCCCCAAGGGACUGAUAGGACCACGUGGUCCCCCCGGCCUGGCUGGACCAGAAGGACCUCGAGGCGAUGUGGGUGAGCCAGGACCUCUUGGACCUGAAGGACCCAAAGGCAAAACUGGACCAAGAGGACCUCCAGGACCCAUAGGACCUCAAGGAGACCGAGGAAUUCCGGGUGAGCCGGGUCCACAGGGUGACCCAGGUCCUGACGUCGUUGGUUUUCCUGGAGAAGUCGGAGACCCGGGUGAGCCCGGACCUCAGGGUCCAAAGGGCAGCGUCGGCAGACCUGGACGUCGCGGCCCCAAAGGCGAGCCUGGACCGGAUGGAGUUGGCAUUCCUGGUGUUCAGGGAGAACGCGGUGAACUCGGAGACAAGGGAAUUCCUGGCUUCCCUGGCCAGUCUGGCGGCAUCGGAGAGAAGGGCGAACGUGGACCGCCUGGUGAACAGGGAGAUAGAGGUGAAGUCGGUGAUCCUGGACCCCGUGGACCUACUGGACCACAGGGCCCCAUGGGUUUUGACGGACGUAGAGGUCCAAAGGGCCAGCCUGGGGUGCCUGGACCCAAGGGAGUGAAGGGCGCACGUGGUGAUCCUGGAGAGUCCGGAGCCAUCAUUCAAGGCCGACCAGGAGAGCCGGGCGAGCAGGGAGAACGCGGAGUCCCUGGUCUACAGGGAAGGAAGGGCGAACAAGGUCUACCAGGUGAAGAUGGCCUUCCCGGACCCGCGGGAGAAACCGGACCUGCUGGAGAGCGUGGCGAUCCUGGUCCUAAAGGGGAACGGGGCGAGCCCGGACCGGACGGACCCCCUGGAUAUCGGGGACCCCCUGGAGAGAAGGGCUUGCUCGGCGAGCGUGGUCCUGAUGGUGAACCGGGUCCUGUCGGCCCGACAGGUGACCCAGGCUUCGAGGGACUUGCUGGUCGUUGCAUUCCUGGCCCGUCCAGUCAGAAAGGCGAGCCUGGCCUACAAGGACCAAUGGGCCCUAUGGGCGAAAAGGGUCUUCCAGGGCUUCCCGGAAAAGUCGGAAAGCAGGGUCCCCCUGGUAUCCCCGGUCGUGGGAUUCCUGGUCCGCCUGGCGAUCGUGGUGAUCCUGGCUACCCCGGAUUCGAUGGUCAGAAGGGUGAAAAGGGAGAACAAGGCGAGCCAGGUGAAUCAGGUCCACGAGGUCCAAAGGGUCGUCGUGGACCAGUCGGUCCACAAGGCGACCGUGGAGAUCCUGGCCCGAGUGGUUUGGAUGGACGGCCUGGAGAACCUGGUGAUCCAGGCCCCGAUGGUCUUCCUGGUCCCGACGGUGAACCUGGACGCCGUGGAAUCGACGGUCGUCCCGGUCAGAAAGGUGUCAAGGGUAUGCCCGGCCCUCGUGGCGACACUGGUGACAUGGGCCCUGUUGGUGAGGAGGGACCCACUGGUCCCAUGGGACCGCCUGGUGACGACGCUGAGGGCAUAACUGGAAUCAAGGGUGAAAAAGGUGAGCCUGGAAGACAAGGACCACGUGGACCGUCUGGAGACAUAGGACUUCCAGGAAUUGAUGGACCGAAGGGGGAGCGUGGCAUAACUGGCGAACCGGGAGUCCAACCAGGACCGGUUGGAGAAAAAGGCAACUUGGGGCCCAAGGGUCAUCGCGGUGAGACUGGAUAUCAAGGACCGCUUGGAGAACGUGGCCCAACUGGUCGUCCUGGACCACCUGGACCUACUGGACAAGUGCUUGCAAGCACCUUCCUUUUCACUCGUCACUUCCAAGAUCCAAGCGCACCUAUGGAGUGUCCUGUUGGAUCCCAGCGAAUACAGGAGGGCUUCAGCUUUGUCAUGGCUAACGGCAAUGGCGAGCUAACCACAAUGGACCUUGGUACCCACAGUUCCUGUCUGCCAAUGUUCAGCAUAAUGCCGUUCUUCCAGUGUCUGCGUGAUGGUUCGUGCCAAUUGGGAGUGCGGGCAGACAGGUCAUACUGGCUGGCUACGACUGAACCUCUUCCAAUGAUGCCAUUGGAUGUCAGCGAGGUUCGUCAGCGUGUCGCGCGUUGUGUCGUCUGCGAAGCGCCUACCCAAGCCUUCGCUUUCCACAGCCAGACCAACAGCCUGGCCGAUGUGCAGUGUCCAGAGAAUUGGAUAGAACUCUGGAAUGGCUUUAGCUUCUUCAUGCACACCGCCGGCCACGGAGGUGGCGGUCAACAGCUGUCAUCGCCUGGUAGCUGUUUGGAGCACUUCAGGUAUGCACCACUUCUGGAAUGCAACAACGGAAUGAGUCUGUGCAACUACUGGAGCGACGCGAAGGCCUACUACCUGCGACACGUCCAAAACGCCACCUCCUUCCAGAAACCAGGUGGUCAGUACAUGCGCGAGAGCACCUACGGCGACAGUGGAGUUCUCCGCGAGAUCAGCAGGUGUCGGGUGUGUAUGCGACAGCGCUACGAGUACCUGCGGCGAUAA